CGGCUCAAUUUGACUUUUGUGUGAGCAGCGGACCGCCCCAAGCCACUCCACUAUUGCCACCAAACCGAAUUGAAAGAAUGAGGUGGAGGUGAAAAGGAUGUCUCUCAACAACGCGUCCCUUCACCAUCGCUUCCAACUAUUGUCAACUCUUCCUACUAGGUCGUCUAGACUUUAUAUACACCUACUGAAUAGGCUGCGCUCUUUGUCCGUACUCGUACUGCAGCAGCCCGGAACCUGGAAGAGUGGACAUGGUGUGCAUCGUAUAUCAAGGAAAUGACGUGAUCCCAACACAUAUCAACUGUCGAGUGUCAGCCCAGGAUGCUGAACGAGAAUCAGUUCUCACGAAGCGCUUCAAGCAUGCGGUCCAAAGCAACAUCCCGCGAAAACGUCGAAUCGGGAUCCAGUCUGGCCUGACUGUCGACAAGACCAAUGACUUGUCUAUCAAACAUAGGAAUAUUCAGGAGGAUGCAGAGAGUGCCGCUGCAUUACAGGAUGUUUUCUUGCCAACCAGUACCAGCGCUGAUGCCAGCAGCAGUAUAUCCGUUCAAGCUGACACGAUCAUGGCGCCAAGUACAUUAGAGGAGAAUGAUGCUGCGGCUAUAGUACGACACGCACGAGGAAGAGAGGUGUUUGGGUUCCAAACGCAACGCAAGAUCGCAGGCCUCAAAUCCAUCAUUGACCAUCAGCAAGAGCAGCAGAGUACAGUGAAGACGAAUAAUAGAAAGAACAGCACUAAGGUAUCUUCCGCAGCGGGUGCAACUGUUUCCGCUGCGGAUCAUGAGGUCAAGAGGAGAAGAUUCACAAGGACAGUCUCGAGAAUGAACCAGGCGAGCUCUGAGGAGGAUGAGGAGGACGAGGACCAUGACUCGGAAGAUGAAGGCGAGUCCGAUGAUGAUCGCCGGGAAGGCCAACGCGACUUUGCAGAUACUAUCGUUCACGACGCACAGGACGCCCAGAAGUCGUUCUUUGAGGAGGACGAGAUGGGUGCGGAACGAUACUUCCAGGAUCUACACCAAAAGUCGAAAACGUCCAACAACACGCUCUCGAAACUGCCGACACUGGAGCAUGCGGACUUUAUUCAGGCACUCAAGCGCACACCGACAAAGCAUUCAAAGGAGAUGGAGAUGCUGAUGCUUCUGUACGAGGAGCAGUUCCCACAGUGGUACUUUGAGCUCAUGUCAGGGUUCAACCUCCUAAUAUAUGGCUAUGGCUCUAAACGUGCGUUGCUCACAAAGUUUGCCACCACUGUCCUUACGGAUGCACCCCUGAUCCUCGUCAAUGGAUACUUUCCAACAUUAACCGUCAGGGAAAUUCUUAGCAAGAUCAGCUCGGAAGCAUUGCAAUAUUCGGGGCCCACGGGUACUCUGCAAGAACAGAUUGCCCUUAUUCAAGCUUACUUUUCGCAACCGGACCGCGCCAUCCAAAAGCUUUAUCUCAUCAUUCACAACAUUGACGGAUCCAGCUUACGAUCGGAAAAGACCCAGUCCGCACUCAGCUUGCUUGCCUCCUGCCCACACAUCCAUCUCGUGGCAUCCAUGGAUCAUAUCAACACCAACAUUCUUUGGGAUACUGUCAAGGCGGCGCGCUUUCGCUGGGUCUGGCAUGAGCUCACGACGUUCAGGCCAUACUUAGCCGAGACCAGCUACGAAAACUCAAUCAUGGUCCGACAAGGGGAACUGGGGGCACGCGGUAUCCAGUUUGUGCUUGCCAGCCUGACCUCAAAUGGCAAGGGUCUCUUCAGAAUCCUAGCUGAGCAUCAGAUUCAGUCCGAGAGGGAUGUGGUCGAAGGAGGGGCCGCUAGCACAGGCAGCAAGAACCAAAUGGACUAUGGCAUGGCUCACAGUACACUUUUCAAAAAAUGCCAGGAGAACUUCCUUGUCAGUAACGCCAUGACCUUUAGGACACAGUUGACAGAGUUCAGAGACCAUCGCAUCGUCCAAUCCAAGAAGGGCGCGGAUGGCGUGGAAAUCCUUUACAUCCCGCUCUCCGCUGGCGUUCUCGAAGGUAUCCUGGAGCAGCUGAGCUGAUUCAUGUACAACAAUAUACAAUACACAAUACACAAUAGCAUCGUCGCAGCCAAAGCGCUUCUAAAUUAUCUCUGUGUUAUAAUAAUGGCUGAC